AGAAAUUCCCCCAAGAAAGUAGCAAUUCCCCAUUGAGAUUGAUACGUUUCUUCUCAGCAUGACUCGUCGACCAGCGUGCGCAGGAUCCCUGCGCCGGCUGUGUGUUUCAGAAUAUUUUUUCGAAAUUAAAACUAAGCCCCCUUUAUGUACAAUAAGAUAAUGCUUCCGAACAAAUUAACCACUCCCACUCCCCAAAAUGAUCAUGACUGCGCCUUUUUCAGACCUUCUUUCCUGCUCAAACGUGAUUUUGCAUGCGCGAAAGCCACCGAGGGUUUUAAUUUUCUUUUGGGAGCAACUUGCGGUCCAGUGAAGUCUGCGCAGUGGAAAUAUUUGAACUACUUGUGGCAGCGAAGGAGAGUUGAAAGAAACUCUGAGUUAGUACUUUCUAAUAACCGCAGCAGCGGCGCCCGGUCCGACAGCAGGAUGACAACGCCCGACGAAGAGGACCCGGAACCGGCGGUGCCGAAGAACGCCUCCUGGGUGCACAUUCUCGGCCUGGUGGGCAUUGCGCUGGUGACGGCCACGUUCGUGUACGGAAUGGGACUCAAAUACGAAACCACCAAGGUUUUCAAUUCGUAUCCACAAAAGAAAACGUUUUCUCUUUGCGCCGCAAGAGUUAGUCGCGGUGUCGUGCCGGGUGUGGGCGGACUAGAAGUAUUUUCAACUGGGCGCUGUUUUUAGUUUGUGACUUGUAGCGAACUGGCAUGAGCCGUUUUGUAUGCAGCGACAACAACUGUUGCCAGCACACUGCUUUUGGUUCCGCAAAGAGAAACGUUUUCAGCGUGACACUUCCCACACCAAGUUUAUGGCCAAGAGGCACGAGCUGCAUCUGUAUGCAAACAAAAAGCCGGACUACGCGACGCCCGCAGAAGGAGUGUCGUCCGUUGCGGUCAACAAGGACGCUAGCACGGUCGCGGAACAGACUGCACCGACAACCGCGGCUCUUUCGGAUAAGACACAACCGGCUCCGGAUAGUACUUCUGCAACCGCAGGUGAUAGCGUACCCGCGUCUGCUACAAAAACUAGCGGCUCUACAACAGGAACCGAUACCACAAGUGCAGUUGGUGGCGGUACUAGUACUGCCGCAACAGACAAGCCCCUUUCUGACGCCGGUUCUGCGGUGGCGACUACGCACAAGAACGGCGACCCGGCAGAAACUGCGCCGCAACCUGCGGCUGCGGACGAGUCGCCAACUUUGCAUGAAGAUCCGCCGGAGCAACAAAAACUUCCACUCGCUGGGGGUAGUAAAAUACCAGUUGCGGGCGACAGUAAGAUUCCAGUCGCGGGACCACGGGGAGAUGUUGACCAGGCGGCUGCAAAGACGGCGCUUGGUCGAGACGAGCACAAGACCGACGAUGCCGUAAAGCAGCGUGCUGGGACGCUACCAAGCGAGGAUAGAUUACUUGCAGAACACGAUAAUGCAAAGCAAACUAGUGAACAAACGGGCACGUCGGAGACGCAGCGCCCGUCUGUUCCGCCGCCAACCGCUGCCAGCGAACAAGACGCCGGAAUAAAGAAACCUGGUCGUGUUUCGGAUGGUUACGAAAGCAGAGGUGACAAGCAGCCACCAGAAAGCCGUUCCUCGCACCCGGCUACCGAGAAAAUAUUGAAAUCAACCUUAGUGGGCAACGGCUUAAAAAAGCCCGAGCCGCCACCAGUGAUCGACCCUGACAGUAACGCCCUCGUCGCGGAGAGCGCAGAAGAAGCUGCGUCCGGACGAACGGACGAUAUGCAGGAUUCAGGAGGGUCAGACGCGGCAGAGGCAGCGGCGAAUGGUGGACAUAAUAAAGCGGCGGAAGAUGUUGAUAAGCGGACGGAUCCACUGUCUGAUGCUACUUCUAGUGGAGCAAAUAAUAAAGCCAACGAUGGUGCGACAGAAGACGCAUCUGUCCGAGGGCGUCCUCCGAAUUUGCAAACGGAUAGCACCGUCGCGAAAGACAAAGAUUUGAAAAACGCGGUCGAGGCACCUGCGCCAGAGAAACCCCCUCCAUCGGCUUCGGCAGGCACGACCACCGCCGCUAGAAGUGCAGGCACCGAAGCCACCGACGCGCGACCUGGUUUAGACGAAAAGCCAUCACCUGAUGUAAGCGAUAUAAGCCAGGCAGCGAAAAACAAAGGCACGUAUGCCGUAGGUUCUCCGGUUCCAGAAAAGCCCCCGCCGGUAGUUAGGAGCGACGCUGGGAAGCUAGAAGGGGGCGAGCCGGUAGUUGCCCGGCCGGUCUCGGAGCAGUCGCCCUCGCAGGAGCAGGUUCUUAGCCAAAGCGAACAGAAGGAAGCGAGCGAAGCGGAGGCGCGAACCGAGUCACCGGUCCCACCGCAUGCAAACGACGCGGCCGAUGCCAGGAUAGCGACCUCCGAGGUGAGAAACGCAGUAUCGCACCCACCAGCCAAGGAGGCGUCCCUUCUCCAGACCGAACCUGCAGCAGCAACUGCAAGUCCGACCGCCACGCGACCAGCGGAUGCCAGCAGCGCCUCCGCCGGAAUGCGACCCGAACCCACGGAGACGCGCGGCGGCCUCACCACUCAACCGAGCCCUUCGGACGCCUCGCCGGCGGUACCGGUAGUCAGCAUUGAGAAAGUGCGGCAUCUGAUGAAUAGAAUACGCAUACCCGUCGGAAAUAGCAUUGUAGCUACUGCGGGUCGUGGUCCUGCUUCAACACCAUCGCCGGAACAGGAUGCGCGAGUCGACGAAGACAAUCCCUACUCAUUUGUGGACGAGGGAGUGGCGCGCGACCGGCAGCGGAAAAAGCUCGACGUGGGGAGGAAAAAGAAAGUCCUAGGGAAGGAAAACUUUCAGCAUGCCGUUUUUCGUUUUCGUAGCGUCUCUUGAGGUUUUUACGAACAUAGUACCUCGAAUUGUUUUGCCGCAUGCCGGCACUACUGCAGUAUGUAUGUUUUCGUGAUCUGCGACGGCAUUCGCAGGCGAAGAGAAAAUGAUGAUGCUUGAGCCAAAAGGUAGAACUGACAACGGGCUCAUUAUGUAUCAACGAGGAAAUAAGUAUAUUGGCAUCUAUCUGGUACUACAUACACAUACACUCCAAUCCGAAAUGAGUGCCUCUCUCUAGCGCCGUGCGCGCUUGCGCAAUACGCUCAGAGAUUGUUUUAGACGAAACAGGGUUUGGUGUAGUUUUUCCGUGCCAUACGCAGGCGAAAAGGAUCGUCGCAUGAAACCCGCGAAGGAGGAUGAGGAAGAAAACAAGGGAAAGAAAAAGAAAGAAGCUUGUCCUUGCAACGACGAGGACGACUGGGAUGACAAGGGGAAGCCGCUCGGUGAAAAGCGGUCUUGUAGCUGCACUGAAGAAGAGAAGGACGACGAGAACGAACCCAAGAAAAAGGGCGCCAAAAGCCAGGCAGCGGGGCAGCCCAAGAAAAAGCGUAAGCAGGAGACGAGCGAGGAAAGCACAAGUUCUUUUCUGGGCGCGGAGAAUAACAAUAAACCAAACCAAAGCGGCGCGCCGAACCAGCUAUCACAAAGAAAACGAAGAAGUGCUCCCGCAAACAGAAGUGAUUCAAGGCCGUGCUAAUUCGCCUUUUUUGUAAAAGCGUCACUUGUUGUUGCGUUGGAAGAUAGUACUACGACAAGGUUGCAUUUUUUGAUGGCAAUGUCGUGAUCGUCUCGUUGCUGAGCAACUGCGGAAACGAGAACGGCGAAUUUUUUAGGUUUGAAGAUUAUGGCAUGCGCUUGAUCUAACUGUUAUGUGGUGUGAGCGAUGGGCCUUUUUUUUGUGAUAGCAGAAACCCGCGCAGGACGACGACAAAACAGAGUCGAGCGAGAACGAGAAGGCCGGUUGCAAGACUUGCGCUGAGCCGGACGACAGGGACAGCGGGACGAAGAAAAAAAUAGUCGAGGACGACAAAAAGAAAAAAACGAAAGACGAAAAGAAAAACUGUGACUGCCCUUGCAAUUCCGAGGCGGAAGAAGAAUCUGAAAGCAGACGCUCUUCAUCCUUUGUAGAAAACGAAAAGGCGAAGCACGAGCAGCAGCCGAAGCCGAAGAUAUGAAAAUCUAAAAUGCUCAAUCCACCACAGAGACCCAUAGCACCUUUCCCCUAAAGUCUACUGUUGCGUUUUUUCAUGUAACACUUUCGGAUAUUGGGCAUAUGAGGAACUGGAACGUGCUGCGCCUCUAUGAGGAUAUGCGGGCGGGUCAUAUUUAUUCGCCGCCUUCAGGUGGGCGUCCUGUCUCUACCUGAUGCAGGAGUUAAUUCUGAUGCAAUAAUUGAAAUCGACAACCGAACUUGUUCUGACUCCUGGUAGAUAAAUUUUUCAACAUUCGUCAAAUUUUGAAAGUUGCUUUGAGGUCACCUGCGCGGCGGGUCGUUUUUGGUUCUGAUAGUAGACGCCGAAGCAGGAUGACGAUGACGAAACAGGAGACCCAAAAGAGGACAACAAGGGCUGCGAGAAUUGUGCAGAGCCGGAUGACAGAGACAGUGGGACAACGAAAAAGAAACAGGGGGAGGACGACAAAAAGAAAAAAACGGAAGGCGAUAAACAAAACUGUGACUGUGCUUGCAAUUCCUCGGAGAAGAAGGAAGAAGAACCUGCAACACGACGCUCUUCCUCUUCCUUCGUCGAGAACGAAACCGCGAAGCACGAGCAGCAGGUGAGGAUAUCCAAUUUAAAAAUGCGCAACCCGUCAGAAAGACCUGCGACUGCGAGCAAGUAGUUUCUUUAUUCUUCUCAGUGCUCAUUAGUUAGUUUCGGUUUCUUUCCGCAGGAACUUUUGGAGGAACAGAUGACAGGCAGGGCGAAUUAUUGCUCGGAGAGUAGCUUUCCUUUUGCUGCACUUCCAGCGCGAGGCCCGCCGCGUAUGCAUGCGCUAGUAGGAUCGUGCGAUAAGUGCCUUGCUCAGGUGGUUUCAUCAUGCGCCGUAUAUUGGGCUAUUUCAAACCAAAUAUGAAAAUGAUGGUGACUCCCGGGAAAUUUUUGCAUGCACUGAAAAAGGAAAAUGCAACUUGGUCUGGGUUAUCAUGGGGGAGUGCGUUUUUUGGUGGUGAUAGCAACUCGAAGAACAGCCGGCGGUGAAGACUGAUGGCAACGCAAACGCAGGCAAGAGAAAGCAAGACGCCGAUGACGAUGCGGACGACGACGAGGGCGGCGGCUGUAAGAAUUGCAGCAAGAAGAAAAAAACGAAAGGCGGAGAGACGGAAAACGAUGACGAAGAGGAAGCCUCGUGUGAGGGUUGUAGCCUCAAAAAGCUCGAAGUGGUGAAGACGAAGUUAAAGCCGCAGCAGAACAAGAAAAACGCAGAACCAAAGGGCGCAAAAUCGACCAGUGCAGAGGAAGAAUCAACGAGCUUUCUGGAGGUCGUGAACCGCACUGCCGAGCAGCACUCCAGCCCGCCGCUUGCAGCCCAUGCCGCACAGGAACAGCAGAGAUCCAAUCUGCAGUCCCCUAGACCGGAAGAAGGUCCGCUUCCAGCACAAAUGGUGCAUCGGCCCGAGGAUAAUAAACUUCCCCACGACCGGAAUACGCAAGUGGCGCCUGCCAAUUUGCCAGCUCGACCACCAGUCGAAAUAAAGCGUGAUCCUGGACCGGAAGUGGUCAAAGAAGCGACAUCAAAUCGCGAGUCCGACGCAGUAGACACGAAAACUGCUGCUACUGCUGCCGCCGAUCCGCCAGUCGUGAGGCCUCUUUCGACGGCUGAUCAGCAGCCAUUAGGUAAUACUUUGCCGGUCGUCCCACCAGCUCUGGUCGCGAGUAUAAACGACGUCGAGAGGAGACUUCAGGCGUUGGAACGAAUAGCGAAGCAUGGCGAUACGAACUCCGCCGAAGAAAACUUUUCGUCGCCGGCGCUGACUGCAAUAGAAGCCGAGAUUUCGGAGUUACGAAGACAAGUGCGUGAGCAUUUGUUGCAUCAUCAGGAUCUCAAGGUGGAGAAAGAUAAGGGUAGAAGUAAGAGUUCGGAGGCGAUAGCGGAGCAGCGCGCUGCUCUUGCCAAGCCGCCUGAUGAGAAUCACGCGAAUAGGAAUCCCCGUGAAGCGGACAGGAAAUUAGCAGCGCUUGCUGAACUAGUAAGACAACUGAGACAAGAACUCGAACCAAACAUCUACACAUGACGUCUCAAUACAAGUAUCAUAUCGAUUUAGUACCAUAAUUAGACAGGAAUUAUUUCGGACGUAUUUUGUAACAUAGUGGCUCUAGUACCACACGCAUUCCGUG